AACGAAGGAAAAGUAGCCACUUUCACAGCCGUGCGCCAUGGCGUGUCUGCUACGUCUAUAGUGGACAUAACUAUGGCUUCAGAGAAUCUCAUACAGUGCGUCGCGGAGUGGAGAGUCAACAUCGAAGCAAUUCAGAACUCUGACCACAAUUCCAUUACUUUCAAAUUGGAGAAACACGAUAAAAUCACAGCAUCUAAGCGGACUUCUACCUAUUUGUUCAAUAAUAAAACAGCAAAAUGGCCCAAAUUUCAUGCCUGUCUUCAAAACAGUAUUCAGAAGUCGAAAAUACUUAGCACAAAUUUUCAAAAUUGUACCUCCAUCGAAAUCGAUAAUGUAUUUAAAAGCCUUACUGACAGCAUACGAUCUUCAUGUAGCGAAUCUAUGAAAAUGAGAAAAGGUGUCAAAUCGAUUAAUCCCUGGUGGAAUCAAGAGUUGCAAGUUCUCAAAGAAAAUUGUAUUAAACUCCACCACAAACUCAACUGGUUAAGCAAGAACCACAUACCCGUCAAUGCAGCUGCACUGGUAAAUGCUGAAGCCAAACGUCAAUGUAAAGCAUUAAGGGAAGCAUCUGUAAACAAUUUUCGGGAAUUCUGCACCAACCAGGGCAAAGAAGAUGUAUGGUCCAUUACAAAUCGUAUCAUUAAAGAUGCGCCACUGCAACGGCCGCCGACAACUCUACACAAAGAUGGUAGAUUCACUGAAACAAGCUUUGAAACAGCAGAAGCGUUAAUACGGCACUUCUAUCCUGACGAUAACCCGGACGUCAGUGUUAAGCAGCGUGCUAUUCGAAGUCAGGUAAAAGCUUUCAUAAGUACAUCAAAUGACUAA